AUGGAUUUUUAUAGCCUUUACCAGUGUAGAAAACCUUUAAUGGGAAUAGUAUUUAUUUUUUUUCUAGAUAUGUCUAUAUGUUUAAUAGCCCCAAUGGCCCUGGGAUUGACUGUCCGAUGCUGAUUGACAUCUCUGGAGCAUAUUUUCGAAGAGAAGGGUUUGGGGGCAACUACAUCGGAGGUCUCUCACCAUCAGAGGAAGAGGAACCAGACACCAGCAAUUUGGAUGUUGACCACAAUUAUUUCCAAGAGAAGGUGUGGCCACUGCUGGCGCACAGAGUACCUGCAUUUGAGUCACUCAAAGUAAAAUCAGCCUGGGCAGGAUUUUAUGAUUAUAACACAUUCGACCAAAACGGGGUGAUUGGAACGCAUCCACUGAUACAGAACAUGUAUUUUGCCUGCGGGUUCAGUGGACACGGCUUGCAGCAGGCACCGGGCUGUGGGACGGGCAGUGGCAGAGCUAUUGCUUGAGGGAGAUUUCAAGACCGUGAACCUAAAACCCUUUGGCUUCCAGCGUUUCAUUUCGAACAAGCCCAUCCUAGAAAGGAAUAUUGUAUGA